AUGGCUUUUUUGAAGACACUUGCAUGGAUCGUUUUUCUUUGGUACUGCUUUGUUGUUUCACUCUGUAUUCUUGGUUGGCUUACGAUUCGGUCAAUUUAUUCAAAAAGCUUGGUACAUGCUGCAAAUAUGAUAUCUGAGCCUUUACCGGGUGUUUCUAUCUUAAGACCGCUUAAGGGGCUUGAUCCACGCAUGUAUGAUUGUCUUGAAUCUGCUUUUUUGCAGAAAUAUCCCAAGUUUGAGAUUAUUAUGUCGAUUGCGGAUGAAACAGACCCAGCAGUGGAUGUGGCUAAGGAGUUGAUCACAAAAUAUCCAUAUGUAGAUGCAAAGAUUAUUAUUGGGGAUGAGCGGAUUGGUCAAAAUCCUAAGAUAAAUAAUUUAGUUCGCUCAGAACGAGUGGCAAAAUAUGAUAUUUUGUGGAUUCUGGAUAGCAAUAUAUGGAUAUUACAGGGAUGCAUUGAACGGAGUGUUAAAUCAUUAAUGUUGCCUGGAGUACAGUUGGUUCAUCAUUUACCAUUAUGUAUUGCAUCCUCUCCUCAGUCAUCAGUGGGUUCCCGUUUGGAUGAAAUGUUUUUGUCGACGUUCCAUGCAAGAAUGUAUUCUGCAAUUAAUCGUGUUGCAAUAACUCCGUGCGUUAUUGGUAAAAGUAAUUUGUUUCGGCGGGCUUCUUUAUUCUCGCGAGCACCUAAAGGGUUAAAAGAGUUUUCUAAUUAUAUUGCUGAAGAUCAUUUAAUUGCAACGACUCUUUGGACAAGUGGGAAAAAAAGUCAUUUUAUGGCAACAGAGUAUGUUUGGCAGCCAGUUGAAAGCAUUAGCAUUAGUGAUUAUAUUGCAAGACGUGUAAGAUGGAUACGUCUCCGUAAAUAUUUUGUUACAAUACCUACACUUCUUGAACCAUUUACGGAAAGUAUAUUGUUUGGCUUUUUAGGGGCUUGGUCAAUUUCUGUUUUGACUAAUUCCGCUCAUUUUUAUGUAAUAUGGACUAUUCAUAUGUUUAUAUGGAUGGUUAUGGAUUAUACGCAGUUUAAUAUUUUACGUUCUUUUUUGAAUAACAAAAUCGAUAAAAAUAGUUUUAGUUUGAUGCCGUGUGAUUAUAGUUUUUUUCGUUGGUUUUGUAUUUGGGUUUUACGGGAAAUAUUGGCUUUUCCUAUCUGGGUUAAAGGUAUGUCUGGUUCACGCAUUUAUUGGAGAAACCAAACAUUUGCGCUUCGUUCUGAUAUGACUGCUCAAACAAUAGAUGAGAAAGGCUAA